CACCCCGAUAGGAUGGAGGAGGAUGAGCACGUCUUCAUCCUUCCCCCAACAUGCAAAGACCCCUCUUGUCCAGAAGAGGGCAGCACUAUGGAGCCCAAUGUAAAAGUCUCAGUAGGGGCCAUAAGCGUCACAGAGGCUAAAGAAAAUCCCAGGAGCUUAGAUGGAGUUCAAUCUGAGCAGCCUAGCAGCACUCCAGUCAUGGACAAGGCUACAGUAACAGUGGAAGAGGAGCAGCUGACUGAACUGAAGAAGGGAGCAUCUGUGGAUAUCACAAUGCUGACUGAAAGACCUGGCUCCGCCACGCCACCACCAACAGACGGAUAUAAAGCAGUGGGUGCCAGUAGCCCUGAGCAGCCACAUCCGAACAUGGAAGCCAGCAUUCUGAAAGAGACAGAUCCUGUCCAAUCAUCACAGACAAGAGAGUCUGAGCCAGAGCACUGCCUUGACAACAAUAGUCAUCCAACCCAUGAAGGGACCAUCAUAGAGCCAGAACACACAGACGAGAGUAACAAGUGGGUCAGGAGAGACAGUGCUAGCAGUGACGUCCAGUGCCUCCAGCCUCACCUAUCUAUUUCAAGAGGCUUAUCCAGAGAACAAGUAUCAGUGCCCUCGCCUCAGUCACCUGCCUCUGAGCAGGAGCAGCAGGAGGUUGGCAGCCUGACAGUAGCUGAAGACAUCCAGCAGGGGGAGCAGCUGCUGCAUCGCCUGCAUCUGGUGCAACAGAGACAGGACGGACAACAGGUGCCACAGGAGCCUCCACCCUCACACCAGGUAGCCAUGAAGACAACCAAUCAGGAUGCAGGCUACCAGGAGGUAGAGCGAAUCGAGUGUAGGAAGGAAGAGGAAGGAGGGAGUGAGGGAAGCGGUGAAGACAUAGAGCAGGGAGAGAGAGUACAGACUGUUGAGGUGGAAGAGAGUGCAGCGGUAAGUGAGGAAGACACAGAGAUUCCAGAGAAAGAAGAUAUUGAAACAGUGGCAGGAGAGAAAGCGGAGGAGGUCCAGUCUCGUCCUUCUGCCCAGCUCAGUGUCCAACCUAUGGUCAGGAUUGAGAUGGAAUGCAGUGAUGAUGACCAGAGUGACAGCGGGGUGUCCACUGACUUCUCCCCUGUCAGCACACACGAGAUCCACACGACCACAGCCCCCAUCAUAGACAACAAGGCUCCCCCAACCCAGAAGGAGACUCCCAUCGAGAGGGAGAUCCGGCGAUCUGCUGAAAGGGAGCAGAGCCUGCGGCGGUCCAGGUGCAUGUCAAACACCCAGGAAGGUCAGGAGGUGGUAGACAUCCCCCUGAUGAAGACUCCCCUACUGGCUAAGACACUGUCCUCUAAGGCAGGGCCGGGGCAGGGCGCUGACUGGCAGUUCUCAGAGAAGAAGAUGCAGAAGGAAAUCAGCCAGGAGAUCCAGAGGGAGCUUGUCCUGGUGAACAUGGGGAAGAUCCCUGGAGUCUACAGCAAGGGAACAGUACGCCAGAUGAGGGAGAGGAAGCUGCUGUUUGAAGCCUUCCAACAAGGCAAUGCAGAAGGACCCACCAGGCACAGGAGACCCCCCACCACAGCAGGCCUGGGGAUGAGAGGUCAUGUCUACCCCUCUGUGCUGGAGAGGACGCGUAGCAUGGAGCUUGUCUCUUUUAAAGGCUGCCCUCUCUCAAGAGCCCACUCCCACCAGAUGUUUGACUUAAAGGGCCAAAAGGAGGCUAGCUCAGGCCAAAACCCAAGUGCAGAGAACCAACCUGCCGGUAAAGGAGCAGCAAGGAAGGUGGUUAUUCUGGAAAGUGACAACACAAUCAUAGCCCACUAUCCAAACCGAGACAGAGGAGCUCAGCGCCUCUACAGAAGCCUAGACUGCCUAAGUAUAGGGGACACUGUCUCUACAGAGGAGGAGGCUACGGAUGAGGUGAGGGGAGAACAGCCAGGAGAUGAGGACGACAUCCUCAGGGAGAACCCCUUCUUUAAGCUGCGUCCCUCACUGGCCAUGAAGUCGGAGGUGGAGAAAGACAUCCGGGAAGCCAGGGAGAGGGAGGAGGAGCUGCGCAGGCAGAGGUGUAGUCUGUACGGAGAGGCAGGAGUCAGUGGGGGCAGGCCAGACGACACAGAGGACCCCAGCCCAGACUCACCUACCACACUCAUUCCCUCAUCCAUCUCCUCUUUCACAGCAUCAGCAGUUGAUUGCCGACAAUCCAAGGGGAAGUUGGAUCGAACCUGGCCUCCUCCCAAUCCUAAGAGUGCUAGGGUGAACCCUGGACAAACACAGGAGCCCAAGGUUUACAAGGCAGGCGGCCAGAAAACUCUGUGGCAGCGUUGGGAAGCAGGUAUGGUGAACGGGCCACUGCCACGGGAACAGGACUGAUACUGGCGGUUACCAAUACCAGGACUUCGAUAACAUUAACAUUUAAAAUGUAUAAAUAAGGAACUGGGAUGGUAGAACUGCAUAAUUCACUACGAUGGCAGAAACUUGAAUUAGUAUUAGCUUGAACAUUCCAUGCUUUGUAAGACUAAAAUCUGUUCCGUAUAUAACAUUGCAAUUUCAUUACAAAUAUUCACAAUGUACAAAAGACAUCCUCUCUCAUUUAACUGCUCUGCUUGUAAAGGUUUAACUACUGUUCAGUGUUCGAUCAAAAUGACAAAUGUCACUUCCACAAUUCAGAGAAAUGUCAUCAUCAAGAAGUGCAUAAAUGUGAAGGUAAUCAAAACUACUAUCAAUGUUUCAAUAAACGUACAAAUGCCGUAAUCAUA